GGUCGGCCACAAAAUUGGUCACCAGCAGAGAUUCGCCACGCAUCUAUUGUUUAUAGAUAUGGUGCAAGAAUUACAAUUCCAGAAACUCUAUAUGAAGCAAAACAUUUGCGAACUCUCUUAUUGAUCGGAGAUUCUGGCUCGUUACAGAAUGGAGAUAAAAUUUAUUCAAGUUUUGAAUACUUGCGAGUGCUAGAUCUCAACAACUGUAAUCUUGUUGAUCUGCCGAAUUCCUUGGGUGACUUGGUAUGUUUGAGGUAUCUUGACUUGUCUUACACGCUUUUCUCCCAGUUACCUGAAAGCAUGAAGUAUCUCUCUUCUUUGCAGACCUUAAACCUAAUUGGUUGCCAUAAUCUUGAGAUUUUGCCUUCUUUGGGAUUACACCUAAGACAUCUUAACUUAAGUGGAAGUGUGCGUUUGACUGAUAUGCCUCCUUAUUUUAGACAUUUAGUUCAUCUUCAGACAUUGCCACUUUUUGUUGUGCCGAAGUGGGUGAGGAAUAUUGAGCUGCAAGGUUUAAAUCUUUAUGGGGAGUUGAAUAUCACCCGCUUGGAGAAUAUUCACAUUUCUUCUUCAUUGAUGCAAGAUUUUAAUCCUCGUGGGCAGUUAUCUUCAGCGGAAUCAGCAGAACUGCAUAAGAUGAAAAAUCUUGAGUCAUUGGGAUUAUACUGGGGUCUUAUUCCGCAAUUUAUAGAUUCAUUCCCAAAACUACGUAAUGCCCAACCUGAAGUAGGUGUCUCAGGAUCACGUAUAGCACGACAAUCUGAAGCAGUUAUUGAAGGUCUGCAACCACACAAAUAUCUGAAAAAGCUAGUUAUAUAUGGGUAUCCAGGAAUCAAAUUUCCUGAUUGGGCUCUCCCAAAUCUUAUUGCUGCUGAUUUCACCAACUGUAGAAGUUGUAAACAUCUUCCAGCCCUUGGGAAUCUUCUGCUACUUAAAACGCUUUCUUUGCAUGGAAUGCAUGGCGUUAAGAAAAUUGGUACAGAGUUCUAUGGUAACGGUACAGACAUAUGGUUUCCAUCACUCCAAGAACUAUCAAUAAGUGAUUUUGCAAACUUGGAAGAGUGGUCAAGUGCAAAUGAUGGAAAUGCAUUCCGUAGAUUGAAGAAAAUAACUGUAAAGAGUUGCCCCAAGUUAGCACAUAUACCGUUACCUCAGUCCCUUCAACAUUUGGAGCUGCGGGAUUGUAAUCCUACGAUGGUGCCCAUAGCAAAUUUAAGUUUGCUAUAUGUUCUUAUUGUUGACAAAAUUCCAGACCUAGUGUCUCUCCCGGAAGGGCUCUUUGCAUCAACUAGUCUGUCUUCCUUGAAGAUUGUGUCCUGCCCCAAGCUUCAUUCAAUGCCUUUGGAGAUCCAAAACCUUAGUUCUCUGAAAUCAUUGACCAUUCGUUGGUGUGAAAAGCUAUCCUCUCUACCACAAAGUUUACAGAACCUUAAAGCUCUGGAGUCACUGGAGAUUAGUGGCUGUGGCAGCCUAAGAUCCCUGCCAGAUGGUGGAAUUGCAGGUUUGGCUUCGCUUCGAACUUUGUCCAUUGAAAACUGCAGUGACCUGACUUCUCUGUUGUCCGGUUUAGAACAGCUCACAUUGCUUGAGGACAUGACCAUCAUCGACUGUCAAAAUCUUGGUUCUUUUCCAGCAGGUGUGCAACACCUCUCCUCUCUUCGAAGUUUGAUGGUUCUGAACUGUCCUUGGCUUGAUUCUCUGCCAGAAGGGUUGCAAAAUGUCAAGACCCUGCACUGCUUGGAAAUUAGUAGCUGCCACAAUCUAACAACUUUGCCAGAAUGGUUUGCGGAUCUUGCUUCUCUUCGAUCUUUGACCAUAUAUCAUUGUCCUAAUUUGACACUACUGCCACUGGGUUUCAAGCUUCUCACUAAACUCCAGCACCUCUCUAUUCAAGAAUGUCCUGAACUUGAGGAAAGAUGCAGACAAGGUAGCGGUGAGGAUUGGUCGAAAAUAGCCCAUGUCCCACAUAAGUACAUUGGAUCGCCUCAGGUAAGGCGGUCUGGCGAAGCGAGUACAUCGGGAAGCUCUUCUGUCCAAGUAUCUUCUCAGUAA